UUGGUCUGGGUUUUGACUAAAUUCUAUCUUUGUUUUUCUUGUCUAUGGUAAUCUUUCUUUUCCGACAAAAGUCAAAAUGAAGAUCGGACUUUGUGCCUACAGUGGAUACAAAAUAUACCCUGGCCAUGGAAAGACCAUGGUUAAGGUUGAUGGCAAGUCUUUCACAUUCUUGAAUUCAAAAUGUGAAGCGGCCCAUCUGAUGAGGAGAAAUCCCCGUAAAGUAACAUGGACUGUGCUCUACAGACGCAAAUUCAAAAAGGGUCAAGAAGAAGAACAGGCCAAGAAGCGUACAAGGAGGACCCAAAAGUUCCAAAGAGCCAUUGUAGGUGCUUCCCUCAGUGACAUCAUGGCUAAGCGUAACAUGAAGCCAGAAGUCAGAAAAGCUCAGAGAGAUCAGGCUAUUAAGGCUGCAAAGGAACAAAAGAAAUCAACUAAAGCAGCGAAGAAGGCCACAACAGCACCAACUAAAGUUAAGGCUGCACCCAAGGCGAAGGCUGCUAAAGUCAGUCAGAAGGCGGCACCUCGUGUUGGUGGAAAGCGAUAAGACCCUAAAAAUAAAAAUUCUUUAACAAUU